AAUUACAUGAUGUGGACUGCCAGACGAUGAACGACUGUGCCAUCACAUUGCCCGCUGAAGACAACAAAUGGUUAAAUUUUCAGAACGUAAACCACAAGGAACGAGUGCCCUUCGUCGUCUACGCAGACCUCGAGUGUGUGCUGCGGAAGACACAACACAAUGCAGAGCAAGCGUCGUACACAUAUCAACAACACGAAGUAUUCAGCAUCGGAUACUCCGUGCGAUGCUCGUACGACGACGCGUUAUCUAUGUAUAGGUUUCGUCGCGAUAAAGAUUGCAUCGCGUGGUUCACGAAACAAAUCGAAGAAUUAGCGCAUAAUGUUAAAACUCGUUUAUCCACUAAUGUCCCCAUGGAAACGUUAUCGAAAGAACAAUUGGAAGCAUACCGUAGCGCUACGCGGUGUCAUAUCUGCGAUAAGCCGUUUGCGCCAGACGAUACGCGGGUGCGCGAUCAUUGUCACCUGACCGGUCGUUACCGCGGUCUAGCACAUUCUCUUUGUAAUCUAAAUUAUCGAAAUGUAUCAUAUAUGCCAAUUAUUUUUCAUAAUUUAUCUGGAUACGAUUCACAUUUCAUUAUUAAGCAAAUAGCCACUGCGUUCAAAGGGAAGACCGACAUACUCCCCAUCACGAAAGAAAAGUACAUUUCUUUCACAAAACAUGUCAUAGACACAGCCGAUAAAUUAAAUCCACACAAUUACAUAAAACUACGGUUUAUAGAUUCAUAUAAAUUUUUAAAUACUAGUCUCGAAAAAUUGGCAUCGUUUCUAGGUAAAGAAAAAUUAAAAAUUGUACGUUCCAAAUUUUUACACUUGUCUGACGAGGAUUUCGAUUUAUUGACACGAAAAGGUGUAUUUCGGUACGUGGAUUGCGUGGACAAACUGCAGGACAUAUGUUUACCGCCGCGCAAAUUAUUUUUCAGUUCCCUGACCAGUGAUACUGUAUCCGAGAGCGAUUACGCGCACGCCGAGAAUGUCUGGGAGCGAUUCUCCGUUCGAACGUUGGGUGAAUACAGCGAUCUAUAUUUGAAAACGGAUGUGUUAUUGUUAUCUGACAUUUUUGAAAAUUUUCGCGAUAAAUGCUUAGAAAGUUACGGUCUCGAUCCAGCACAUUAUUACACUCUCCCCAUAUACACGUGGGACGCUAUGUUAAAAUAUACAAAAAUUACUUUCGAACUGCUUACUGACAUUUGGUCUGUUCUUUCUAGCUGCACUGUUGCACCGGUGCAAUAAGUUAAAGUAAAACAAGUAUAUUUUUUCUCAUUCUUAUUGCACCAGUGCAACAGUGCAGCUAGAAAGAACAGACCAAUUGACAUGGUAAUGUUCAUCGAACGCGGUAUACGCGGUGGCCUCAGUCAAGUGUUCAGGCAGACAUGCGCGAGCCAAUAACAAGUACAUGCAGACGUACGACCCAUUGAAACCAUCCUCAUAUCUUAUGUACUUUGACGUGAAUAAUUUGUACGGAUGGGCAAUGUGUCAGCCACUGCCCUAUGGAGAAUUUCAAUGGGUUGAAGAUGUCUCUAAUUUUGACGUGUGUGCGAUCGCUCCUGAUUCACCAACGGGAUACAUUCUCGAAGUUGAUCUCAAGUAUCCUCGAGACCUUCACGAUGAGCACACUGACCUACCUUUCUGCCCGACACGCCAGGCAAGCGUGAAUAUAAACUUUUAGCGACCUUGUAUGAUAAGAAACGUUACGUCAUCCACUACCGCAACCUGCAGCAGUGCACGCGUCACGGUCUUCAUAUCGCGAAGAUACACCGUGUAUUAAAAUUCGCACAAUCUCCAUGGCUCUGUAAGUACAUAGAGUUAAACACACAAUUCCGAAUCAUUGCUAAAAAUGAUUUCGAAAAAAAACUUGUAUAAAUUAAUGAAUAAUGCGGUGUUUGGUAAAACCAUGGAGAAUGUGCGCAAUCAUGUUAACGUUAAAUUGUUGACGACAUGGGCGGGGCGGUAUGGUGCGGAGACAAUGAUCGCGAAACCAAAUUUUCAUAGUCGAAGUAUUUUUGCGGAAAAUUGGUUACACGACAUUAGUCCGAAAACUAGAUGGGGAAAAUGUUGGUACCAACAAAAUUCUCUAGACAUUUCAAUUUCAAUUUUUACAGGUUAGUAACACUGUUUAAGUAGUAAAUCCACGAGUGUGCGGAGACGUUUUGACGUAUGCGCGCGUCAAAAAUAAUAAAUAUCGCUCAAUUAUUUGUAGGAUGUUAACAGCCAGAGAACAAUUCCCUGCCGAGUAAAGCUGCCAAAUUCAGAGUCUGCUAUGUUCCCAAGUGUGCCAAAAUUGUAAGCAAAAGUAAAAAUUACAUUGUAACAUUAGAUUUAUUAUCAACAAUGCAGCAACGGAUUGAUACCAUAAACUGAGAAAUCAGAUUUGUCGAAACUGUUGUAUUACAAAGAACAUGUGCUGUUUGUACCAGCAAUGUACUAACAUUGUUUACUAGUAGAAAUACUGUUGUGCUUAUUGUCAAUCUGUUAUCAACGCUUUCGACAGACCUGCUUGUUGUUCAUUGUCACUUUGUUAUACAGUCUACUGACUGGUAUAUACAUUUUAUGUUUCAGUAGACAGAAAAUGUGCUACCCGCAUUAGCAUUUGCGAGAAUGGAUUUGGAGUAUCAAUGGAAUGCUUGUCCAGAAAUCAAGGAUUAUUGUUGCUAUAACGUUUCGUUCGUGCCCAAAAUUGUGGAUGCCUCGCAAAACUUCUAAUACGCUUUUGAUGUUCAGAAAG